GUUUUAUUGCUCCUUUAUUUUAACCUUAACCGCACUUUGUUUAAAAUAAGCAGUCCACUCCAUAUCUUAUUAACGGCAGCGCUAAAAUGCGGUGGCUAAUAGAACGCUUGCGGAUGGAUACGUGAAGAGCGAUAACAAAGCAACACAGCGCGAUUUUGAAAUAAGGCGAAAACGAGGUUUAAAAGUACCAAACGCCUAAAAAUAAAUCGAUUAAUAAACCCAGUGUUGACAAAGAAGCAAAAAGUCGGAAAAUAAGCGACUACGCGACUCAACAGGUCGAGAACUCGUCUAGGCAAUAGGGCGGGAGUGAGUAACAUACGCAACAACAACCGGUACACCUUCCGUCUUCCUCCACAGCGGUCUCCAUUUUAACUCCUCGCCCAGCCUGCACCUCACGUGUCCUGGACUGUCUUUCUCACAUGACCCGUGUGUUUGUCCCCGUGAUCAGCGCUUCCAUCUCCCGUAUUUCAAGUGUCGCUGAAUAUCGCAUUUUAAAAUCCGUUCGCCUUCAUGGAUAUGCUCGAUCAGAGCUUGGACACCUCGACGAGUCACGAGAAACAGGAAACUGAGGAGGUUGUUCAGCUGCAGGAGGGAGAGGGGGUUGGGGCGGAGGAGCAGGCAGCGGUUACCAUAGCGAGUGUCCAGCAAGCAGCAGCCUUUGGAGACCACAAUGUUCAGUAUCAGUUCCGGACAGAGAACACUGGUGGACAGGUGACAUAUCGCGUGGUCCAAGUAACAGAGGACCAUUUAGAAGCAGCAGGAGAUGGAGGAGCGGCAGUCAGUGUAGUGUCCGCAGCCACCUUUGCAGGCGCACAGCAAGCGGUAGCACAGGCUGUCAUCCAGAACCCUUUCAGUAAUGGAGGUAGUCCAGCGGGGGAAACAGUGGGGGGAGAGACACGCUUCGCCUACUUCCCAGCAGCAACUGUCAGUGACGGUACAGCUACAGCUGUCUCGGUGCAGGCCACGUCUGAUCCAACCCUCACACAGGCUGGAGGUCAGUUUUACGUGAUGAUGAGUCCACCAGAUGUUUUACAGACUGGAACACCACGGACCAUCGCCCCUCGCACACACACUUACUCUACAGACCUUGGUGAACGUGAGACUCUUCAACACAGCAGAUCAGACUGGAAGAUUGAUGGCCCCCGGGCACCUCGUGAUGAGAGAAGGAGAGCGCAGCACAAUGAAGUGGAAAGGAGAAGAAGAGACAAAAUCAACAACUGGAUUGUCACACUGUCUAAAAUCAUCCCAGACUGCAAUAUGGACAAUACCAAAACAGGAGCAAGUAAAGGAGGCAUCUUGUCUAAAGCCUGCGACUACAUUAGAGAACUCCGACAGACUAACCAGAGGCUGCAGGAGAGCUACAAGGAGGUGGAGAGAAUACAAGUGGACAAUGAGCUACUAAGACAACAGAUUGAAGACCUGAAGAAUGACAAUGCACUGCUCAGAGCUCAACUACAACAGCAUGGCCUGGAAAUCAGUGAAACUGCUUCACAGUGACAAAAAAAACAAAACAAAAAAACAUUCUCACGAAUAAACAGUCUCAAGUGGAGAAAUAACCCCUCAAUGACUCACUUGCUCACACCUCAUCACAGACUUAAGAUGUUCUGCAACUCAAGUAGGGUAUGAAUGCUUAUUUGAUACACAGACACACAUCCUCCUGACAAGAGACUCUCUGACCGUUGUGAAAAUAAUAUCUGCUGUACAAGCACAUUUUGUUUUCUCCUUCACUCCUGCAAGAACUCAACAACCUGGACUCGGUCGAUACGGAAUAACCCUCUUCUUCCAGAAGUAUCCUCCUUCAGUUUGAAUCUUGGAUUUGUGAACCAAUUAUAUGCCUGCUCAUGCCUAAUGCUCAUCUUUUCUGUUUCGUUUAAAACAUAUUGUGGAUUUUAUUUUUGCUACAUCGUGCAAAUGUUACUACUGUCUCUAACAUGACAGGUCUUUUUUUUUUUUUUUUUUUUUUUUUUCGAGGGUUCUUCGGUAUUGUAUUUAUUAGCUUUCAAGAAAUUGCGCAGUAGCGGGUAUACAGAACCUUUGCAUUUGGCUGAUGUUUUGAAUUUGAUUUUGUUUUUCUGUCCUGCAGUUUUUCCAUAUAUCAGACUUUGUGAAAUCCGUUCAUCAGGCUGAUCAGACGUGGCACAUCAAGACUAAUUUUCAGCAUAAAUUUGCUUAGAAUGUAAAGUGCAUAGAGUAUGUUUUCAUUUAAAAUAGAGACCUAUGAUAUCUAAAACUGCAUUACCUAUAAAAUUUCAGUUUUCAGACUCCCAUUAUAUUUAAUGCACUGUGAUUUUAGUGAAGGAUGAACGAGUAGCUCAGGGUUUUGAGGUGCAGGAAAAUAGCCGAGGCUCUGGAACUCCCCACUAACCUUGUAACCCUGCACUUUUUGCCCUUUGGCUUUAACAUGCUAGAUUCUAAACAUGUACUGUAUAUAUCAUGUAUUUCAACCAGUUGUUCUUACGUCAUGAGUUAAUUCAAAGAAAUGUCCUUUAUAAGCCCUAACUCAUUUAUCUACAGCAAAUAAAAUGGAAGAUGCACAAUAGAAAGAGAUAGAAAUGCUACUGCUAGUAGUGUUCUGACUUAUUUUGGUUGUAGCUUAUCUUCCAUCUUAUUUUGUAACAGUCUUAAUUUAGGUUAAAACAUUGAUCAACAACAUUUCAAACAAAAAAAUCAGAGAUGAGCUUUAAAAUUGUUCAAAUGCCAUUUAAUUAAGAGUAUGAGCAUCAAUAUCUGACGGGAAUGGUUGAGUUAUUGUUAAUGAGCUAUGCAUAAGGAAACAGUUUAAAAGCAAACAGAUUUAUUUUCUUAAACCUUCUUAAUAGUUUUAGUGUUUACCAGUUUAACUUCUAGGUUUUAAAGCCAGUAGACCUUAGUCAGGGUAGCGAUAUAUUUCAUUUUUGACAGAACUGCACUGUAAAAAUUUUUUGAUUCAACAAUUUGAGUCAACUUAAAAUAAUUUGUUACCUGCUGCCUUUAAAAUUUUAAGUUCUGUCAACUCAAAAAAGUUUAGUCACUUGAAAAGUGACAACUUAUAUAUUUGAAUUGAUUCAACUUAAAAUUUGCAGGCAGCUGGGUAACAAGCCCAGCUUUUAGGUUUAACAAACCAAAUUUUUAGUUUAGUCAACUCAAGUAUCUAAGUUGUAACAUUUCAAGUUGACUAAACUUAUUGGAGUUGCCUGAACUUAAAAUUUUAAGGCAGCAGGGUAACAAUUUUUUUUAAGUUGACUCAACAAAUAGUUUUUUUGUUUUUUUCUACAGUGUGAGGAUAGAAGUAUAGUAUGUUCAAUAGAUUGUACUAUUCUUUAACAACAUACCAGUUAUUCAGCUGACAAAACUUCUGACAAAAACAGGUUUGAAAGUUGUAAAAAAUACGUUAAUAUAUGUCUAUAUAAGUCUUAUGUCUCACAGCCUUGUUUUCGUUCAUGUUCAAUUCAGUAUGGUGUCUAACCUGAUUAAGGUCUACUCAGGCUUGUGUUUUUCCCUUCCUAGUCAGGCAGGCUUAUUGCAAAGCUUGAAUAAUACAGCAUAAUGCUGGAUUAUAAAAAAAAAAAUAUUACUUUUGUCUGUUUAUAGCACCCAUUUUUCUUUCGCUU